UAUACAGCACAAGAAGUAUAUAAUGCGGCAGACGGAGUGCGACCUGUGCGACUUGCGAGUGGUCCGUAAUUUGCAAUGGCGGUCGGAGCUUCUUUCACUUGGUUUCGUAUCAGCGUUUUGCUCGAGUAGUGUUCACCUUGUUUUCACACCUCUCGAAGCCGAAGAACUCGCGAAUUCGACCUCGAGAAGAAGAGGACCUGGAGAAGAGGAUCUCAGCGACAUUGUACCACUGUACACUACAAGAGCGAUUUACUUAAAACCGAUUGCUAAAAUUCAUGUGUCCAUUAAUCUUCCACAACUGAAGAGUCCAGGAAAAACAAUAUCAACAUGGGAGGUAAUGGAGAAGGUACGCCUGUUGAUACGGCCCGACGAGUUUGCUUCCCUGAAAGUCGUCAAGAGUACAUUAGAAUUCAUCAGAUUCGAGGGAGACCUCGGGGACAAAUCCAGGCUUCAGCGAGUGUUGGCGAGACUAGACGGGCAGCGCCUGAACCUGGCGGGCUUCCCAAACGUCUUAAAGGUCAAAGCUGCAGAGGUGAAGGAUGAUUUUCCAACAAGGCAUUCCUGGGACUCAUACUUCAGAGAUGCCAAACAUAUGAAUGAACUAAAAGCAGGCGAACGGCCUGACACCAUUCACAUAUCAGGUCUUCCUGUUAAAUGGUUCAGUGAAGAUGGAGGAAAUACCCCAAGUGAGCCAUUAAUAGCCAAAAUCUUCAAAAGAUACGGUACCUUGAGAAGAGUAGAUGUUCCAGCAGCAGAUCCAUAUAGAUCUAGAAUGAGGCUUGGAGCUACAAUACAGAAAUUCAGUUAUGAGGAUGGAAUAUUUUUUGAUGCGUACAUACAAUAUGUGGAGUAUAUGGACUUUGUCAGAGCUAUGGAUGCAUUGCGUGGUAUGAAGCUUCUUAGAAAGGAAAAAGAAAAGAAUCACUUAGUAGCUUCUAUAAAGGUUGAUUUUGACAAAACAAAACAUAUGAGUGAUAAUUCGGUAUCCCACCGAGAAUUUGAAAGAAAACGUCUCAUUGCACAAGACAAUUUAGCUGCUGAGAAAUUACGCCGCAAAGAAGAAGCAGAAGCUAAGAAAAGAGAAGAACAAAAAAAAAAAGAAGAGACAGAAAUGUUAGGAAAGGACUCUAGGCGGCGAACGAGGGAAGAAAAACGAAAGCGCAAAGCGUUAACUGUUUUUCGAAAACAAGAAGAAGAUAAAGUAUCUUUGAAAAUUGCUAGAGAGGAAAAAAAACUUAUAAAAGCCCAAAGGCAAUUAGAGAGUAUAAGAUUGUUAGAUGCACUAUUUGAUAGGAUUAAGAUUAAGAUAGAAAAGAAUGAAAUCGACAUCAAGCCAAAAGCUGCCAAUGACAAAAAAGAUGAAAAAUCUGGAGUUAAGGAUGAAAAUGCGACCAAAGAAGAUACAGACAGUUCUAAAAAGAAAGACAAGGCAAAGAACAAGAAAAAGAAUAAAAAGGAGAAGAAGAAAAAGAAAAAACUUUUAGAUUUAUCUGGCUCAGAUACAGAUAAAAAGAAAAAUGAAGGUGCUAAGGGAAAAGACAAUAAUGAUGAAGCAGACGCAGAUCAUCCCUAUGCUGACGGCUUUCCACGACUUCCUCCACAAGCUUGGUACUACAACACAGGGAUGCCCCUCUUAGUCCCUCCAGUACGCGGCUUCUCUCGAGGUGCUCGCCGUAGUCGCGGUCGAGGCCGCUGGCGUGGAAACCAUAGUGGUGGUGGUGGAAAUUACCAACAAUUUUCCGCACAGGAGUAUAACGAACAAUACUACAAGUAUUUCGCAAGCCUCGUCGGCCAAGAUUAUCACGAUUUCAUCGAAAGCGAUUACGAGGACAAGCCUAGGUCACGAUCGAGAAGUCAGCACAGGCCCAGAUCGAAGUCGCGCAGACGCGUAGGAAGUGACGCUGCUAGGUCAAGUUCGAGGUCGAAGAAGAGGAGGCGCUCACCUUCAAAGAAAAGAACAAAGUCAAUGACUCGUUCCCGUUCGAAACGUCGCUCGCGCAGCCACUCGCGUUCUCGCUCUAAGACGCGUAACGGCAGCAAGUCCCGAUCUCGGAGACGUCGCCGAACGCCUCCUCGAGCGAAAUCCCGAGUACGGGUUACCCGAGCGAAGUCUCGAAGCGGAUCACCACCGCGACGAAGGUCACGCAGCAGCACCUGGUCUCUGCCCAAAUCUCCGGGACGGAGGAGCUGCUCGUGGUCGAGAAACGCCGAUGACAAGACUGACAAAUCCGCAGAGCAAAAGAAGUCGACGGUGCCUGCAGAAGAGGAAUCAUUGACUCCAAAGGAGAAGAGGAAAGACAAAGUCGCCAUUGCUGACGGGACUCUCGUAACCGUUAAACCAGGAUAGUUUUAAAGUUUCAUUGUUUUUAUCAAUCAAUUCUCAAAUUUAUAUUAGGAUGACUUCCAAUCCUGACAAGAUGUACAUUUUUCAAGUUAUGUGAGAUAGUGGAAGAGAAGGGGGGGUGUAAGUUACGGCCAAUGUGCAAAGAAAAAACAGCAUGCAAUGUUAAAAAAAUUAGUUGACAUAACUAUACUCUAGACGUGAAUGGACAUAGAAACUGGUUCAUUUAAACGAACAAUGUCUUUCCUUUUGUAAAAUAAAAAAAAACUAAUUUUUUUUGUAA